AAAUUAGUUAAGGAUCCAAUCCUCAAUUCUAGUCUCCCCUCGAGUGAAUUUUUAUACUAUCUGGAGAUUGAUUGCCAACAAUGUCUGAUCUCAAAGAGCGUCUGCUUCCUCCACGACCUGACUCGGUUAUAAACCUCAGAGGCGAUGCCGCCUCUCGCCCUUCUUCCUCAGGGAGACAACCCCUCCUCGGAGUUGAUGUUUUGGGUCUCAAGAAGCGUGGUCAAGCGCUCAAGUCCUGGAUUCGUGUUGACGCUUUUGCUAACACGCAAGUCAUUGAGGUCGAUAAGUUCUCGAUGAUGCGUAGGUGCGACUUACCCGCACGUGAUCUGCGCCUGCUUGAUCCUUUGUUUGUGUAUCCCUCUACUAUCCUCGGACGAGAGAAGGCUAUUGUUGUUAACUUGGAGCAGAUCCGUUGUAUUAUUACUGCGGAUGAGGUUUUGCUUUUGAACUCCCUCGACGACUAUGUCCUCGCCUAUGUGGUUGAGCUCCAGCAGAGACUAAAGGCUAGUGCUGUAGCAGGUGAUGUGUUUCAAAACACGUCCCCUGAUUAUCUGCCUUUCGAGUUCAGGGCCCUUGAAGUUGCCCUCGAAGCUGCUUGUACCUUCCUUGAUGCUCAGGCGUCAGAGUUGGAGAUUGAGGCGUAUCCUUUGUUGGAUGAGCUUACCUCAAAGAUCAGUACUUCGAACUUGGAGCGUGUGCGUAGACUGAAGAGCAGGCUUGUGGCAUUGACGAGAAGAGUUCAGAAGGUUAGGGACGAGAUUGAGCAGUUAAUGGACGAUGAUGGAGAUAUGGCGGAGAUGUAUCUAACGGAGAAGAAGAAGAGGAUGGAAGGAUCUUUGUAUGGCGAUCAGUCUUUACCUAAUGAUGGUCUCUCUUUCUCUGCGCCGGUGUCUCCAGUUUCCUCUCCUCCUAGCUCCCGGAGACUCGAGAAAAGCUUGAGCAUUGCAAGGAGCAGGCAUGAGAGUGCAAAAAGCAGCUCGGAAAGCAACGCAACUGAGAAUAUAGAAGAGCUGGAGAUGUUGCUGGAAGCUUACUUUGUUGUCAUCGAUAGCACUCUCAACAAGCUAACCUCGUUGAAGGAGUACAUCGAUGAUACUGAAGACUUCAUCAACAUUCAAUUGGAUAACGUGCGGAAUCAGCUGAUCCAGUUUGAGCUGCUGCUAACUACAGCGACAUUUGUUGUGGCCAUCUUUGGGGUUGUAGCAGGGAUCUUUGGGAUGAAUUUUGAGAUAGAUUUCUUUGAACAGCCAGGUGCUUUCAAAUGGGUUUUGACUAUCACUGGAGUCUGUGGGGUUCUUGUAUUUUUGGCCUUCCUCUGCUUCUACAAACGCAGAAGGCUCAUGCCUCUGUGAGGUGAGGACAUAACUGGUGGCCAGACAAAGUAGGAGAUUGCUAUUCGUACUGUCUUUUUGUUGCUUUUAUUAGUCAAUCAUUUGUGACCUUCACAAGAUGGAAACAGUUCUCUAGAUGAAAUAUUAUGAGAAUGAGGCUUUUUAACUA